ACACGACGGCCAAUUGGAUGUAUCUGGGGGUGGUGUCGGUGGCAUCACCACUUCCCGGGCAGGACAACAUUGAUGAGAUGUGCGCACAAUAUCCGGGCUUAGUUACUCAACAACUGCAGGUAUGCCGCGAGAAGCCUCACACGUUUCCGUACGUGAGUGAGGGCGCGAGGCGAGGCAUCGUCGAAUGUCAGUAUCAGUUCAAGUACGAACGUUGGAACUGUACGGUGAACGCCCGUAACGGCACCGUGUUCGACUACGUACUAGAUAAAGGAUUACGGGAGACGGCGUUUCUGUACGGCGUGACGAGCGCUGGAGUCGUGCAUGCAGUCACGCAGUCCUGCUCGGCUGGCAACCUGACCGACUGCAGCUGCGACAUGUCUCGCCAGGGACAGACAGACCCGGUCGAGGGAUGGAAGUGGGGCGGCUGCAGUGACAAUGUCAACUACGGUCUCGACUUCAGCCGCAAGUUCGUCGACGCGCCGGACAAGAUCAAACACAAGAAGCUGCGUGACGUACGCAACCUGAUGAACCUACAGAAUAACGAAGCCGGCCGCCGGGCCAUACAAAGCCUCGUGGAGACGCAGUGUCGUUGCCAUGGCGUCUCGGGGAGCUGCCAGAUGAAGACUUGCUGGAAGACGAUCCCGACAUUCAAGCGAGUCGGGGAGAAGCUGAAGGAGUUGUACGAGCAUUCGAUCCACGUCGCCCCGCGCGCACGCAGGAAGCUUAGGAGGAAGGGCAGGGCGCUGAGAAAGGUGGCGAUUCCUAAAGAGUACAUGGUAUACACGUCCAAGUCGCCCAACUACUGCGUUGUCGACCUCGAUAAAGGCAUUCUGGGAACGAGCGGCAGAGUAUGCAAUAAAACAAGUACUGGUUCCGACUCGUGCGACCUGCUGUGCUGCGGCCGCGGAUACAACACUCAGAUCGUGCGCCACGUCGAACGCUGCAACUGCAAGUUCAUCUACUGCUGCUACGUCAAGUGUCGCACCUGCGAAACCAUGGUCGACGUACACACGUGCAAGUAGAAGCAGCAGCGCCACCUCAUGGCGGCGGCGGCGGCCGUCGGCGCCAUCUAGCGGCAGCGGGACGAUACGCAGACGAAUGUUUACGUCGUGAGGGCGCUGCGGACGGAACAACGGCGGAAGUUGUCAUACUAGUGCCUUAUAACCCGAGAUAUCAUCGUGUGAGUUUGAGAACUUAUGCGCGCGUGCGAGUAAUCUUGCUUAGAUGAUACAAGCACGCAUAUAGUUAGUCGAUGGCAAUCGUCGCAUUCUUACUGACGAGUAUACUAAUCGUUACUCAGUAGUUCUACCCGUGUAUAGCUCUGUACCCCACCUAUACCCUGCCUAGCUGAGGGCGACGUAAGCACACAUAGGUUUACAUAGCGUAGUAUGUCGCAGAGAAUUACUAUGGUUGUUACAGGGUAGAUGGCAAGGUUGACGAGGGGGAGGG